UCUGAUUGUUACAUAAGGUACAGUGGUAUAUUACGUAACUAACGUUCCUUGUGGACGAUAUGCUAACGUAACUAAUCCAACAAGGUUCUUCCGAUGACACUUUUUGUUGUACCUGAUUUUUAAAUAAGAAUGAUAACAGUUGAUAACCCAAGUUAUCGAUUUCCAAUAGUACGCUUAUAUUCAGGAUUUGCUGUUUUGUUACUGGCAGAUUUAGUUUCUUCAUUAUUUUUAUGGGUUUCAACCACACACAUAGAUGAGCUCAAAAGCUCUAUAAUUUCUUUUGAAAUUAAAAGCUCAACUUUUGACUUAGCAUGUAUUGGUUUUUUUCGUGGUUUGUUAAUGAUUAUUAUAUUAGCGAAAUUGGAAAAUAUGACUAUAGCAGCAAGUCAAGAUGGCAUCAAAAAUGAAAAACUAAGGAAAUUUAUUAGUUUCUUUGGAUUUAUUACAUUUUUUGGGACAUUUGUUUAUACUGUUUAUAAAGACAUAAUUGUAUUGAUAGAUCAUAAAAACAGUAACAAAGGUGUCAAAUUCUAUGCAUUAUGCAUUUCAUGUUUUGUAUUUGGAACUUUAGAAUUAUUGGUAUAUGUGAAGUUCUUAUAUCACUUAAAGCAACUACAGAGAAUUUAUUCAUGCCUCAAAAAUGAAGAUACAACUUCUAAUUCACCUACAAAGAAAAAUGUUAAUCUUCCACGUCUUAUGAAAUUGACUUAUCCAGAAAGAUGGAGACUUUUAUUUGGUAUGAUUGGUUUAUGUGGCUCAACUGGAUCACAAAUGAUUGCUCCACUAUUUUUUGGCUAUGUCAUUCAAGCAGCAAGUAUUGGUGACAUGGAUGCCUUGAACAAACAGAUUUUGUAUUUAUUUCUAAUAUAUAUGAUUGGUUCUGUGGCAUCAAUGUUUCGUUCUUGGCUGUUUACUUUAGCUGGUCAAAGUAUUGUUGCGACACUUCGAAAACAACUGUUCAAUCAUUUAAUACAACAAGAAAUUGCCUUUUUUGACUUGAAUAGGACUGGUGAGUUAAUGAAUCGUCUUGCUUCUGAUGCUGAAGUUAUCCAGAAUGCUCUUUCUGUUAAUAUCUCAAUGUUAUUGCGUUAUGCAUUACAAAUUAUUGGAUCGAUAGUUGUUAUGUUAGUUACAUGUCCAAGAUUGGCAGGAUUACUUCUUGCUAUUAUUCCAAUUGUUGGUAUUGCUGCCCAAAGAUAUGGAGCAUAUGUUAGGAACAUGCAGAAAAAGUUUCAAGAUGAUUUGGCUAACGCAGCAACCAACGCAGAAGAAACAUUAAGUUCUAUGAGAACUGUACGAAGUUUUUCACAAGAGUCGAAAGCUGAGCGGGAUUAUAGUAAAGGAAUAGAUGCUAGUUUCUUAGCUGGGAAAAAGUUAUCAAUAGCAUCAGGUUAUUUCAAUAUGUUUGUUGGUGUGAUUAGUCAGGGUACAAUUGUUUUGGUAUUGUGGUAUGGCGGAAAGUUAGUCAUUGAUGGUGAUAUGAAUGUUGGAGAGUUGACUUCAUUUAUUUUGUAUUCACUUAAUGUGGCUUUGGCAUUUGCAUUUUUAUCAUCACUUUAUGGAGAUUUUAUGAAAGCUGUUGGUGCUUCCAUACGAAUUUUUGAGCUAUUAGAUAGAGUUCCUGAAAUAAAGUCUGGAAGCAUUGUUGUUAAUAACACAAAAGUUAACAUAACGUUUGAUGAUGUUGCAUUCAGCUACCCAACUCGACCAGAAACUAAAGUUCUUAAGGGCCUAAGUUUCCACAUGAAGCCUGGAGAAACAGUUGCUUUGGUUGGUCCUUCAGGUGGUGGAAAAAGCACUGUUAUGAGUUUAUUAGAAAGAUUCUAUGAUCCAUGCAGUGGAACAAUAUAUGUUGGUAAUCAUGAUCUCAAAUCAGUGAAUCUUGAUAUGUUACGAAAGAAAAUGAGCAUUGUCAGUCAAGAACCUGUACUGUUUGCUACCACCAUUGCUAAUAAUAUUGCUUAUGGUGUAGAUGCUAGUCAAGAUAAAAUAGAAAUAGCAGCUAAACAAGCCAAUGCUCAUGAUUUCAUUAUAACUUUUGAGGAAGGUUAUAAUACAUUUGUUGGUGAACGUGGAAUCAAGCUUUCAGGUGGACAAAAGCAGAGAGUGGCUAUUGCACGAGCACUUCUUAUGAAUCCUGAUAUUUUACUUUUAGAUGAGGCUACAAGCGCUCUUGAUUCUGAAAGUGAGCAUUUAGUGCAAGAAGCUAUUGAUCGAGCUAUGAUUGGAAGAACUGUGUUAGUUAUUGCCCACAGGUUAUCAACAGUGCGCCACGCAUCUCGGGUUAUAGUAAUAAACAAAGGAGCCAUAGCAGAAGUAGGUACCCACGAUGAACUAAUUCAAGCAAAUGGAGUUUAUAAAAAACUCGUACUUCGUCAACUUGAAAAGGGACCUUUACUAGAAGACGGCAUUGAUAUCGAUGAUUCGAAUUCUAAAAUUUGAUUAUUUAAUAAUGAACCAAUUCUUUGCAUGUUAAAAUAUCGCAAGUGUCCUAUUUAAAAAAAUAUGAAAUCAAAACUUCGAUUAUUUA